ACGGCAGUUUCGCCUGCAUUCAGUGUGUAAACCGGCGGAGGAGUUGCCGGGAAACGCGACCGGAGAUGGGGGAAGAAGAGGAGGAAGAAGCUCGUCGUUGGAUUCGUACGGACGAAACAGCGAAACGAAUGUUGUCUCGGGUCCUCAGAGACCGCUCGAUCCUGCUCCUCCCGCCUCUUCACCGCGUGCCUCUACGCGCCGGGAAUGUCGUCGAAAUCACCGGCGCUUCGCCAUCUGCGAAAACUCAGAUCUUGAUUCAGUCCGCCAUCAGUUGCAUUCUUCCCAAGGAGUGGAACAGCAUUCAGUAUGGAGGAUUAGGGAAACUGGUGUUGUUUCUCGACCUGGAUUGCCGCUUCGAUGUUCUGCGUUUAUCAGAGGUUCUGAAGCAUCGUCUUCUUCAAGCCGACAGAUUAGGCAAUGGAGAAUGGUGGCAACUUCAAGACGCGAAUUUACGAAACUGUGGAUCAGAAGACAAGAAGUCCAAGGCUGUUUUUGAUGAGGAGCUUUAUGUUUCAUGCAUGAAACGUUUUCUCUACAUUCGCUGUUAUGAUAGUAUCGAACUUCUGUCCACACUCAAGACACUACAUUACCGGAUCCAAAGGGAGGAGGAAGCAUACGGCAUUCAAGUUGGAAUUCUUAUGAUUGACAGCAUUGGUGCUUUCCACUGGACUGAUCGGCUAUCGUCGUCUUUAGCUAUGGAGGCACAUAAUAGGAAAAAUCUCUCCCUUAAGAAUGUGGUGGAGACCAUAGUGCAGGAGAUGAAGCGGCUACUUCAAGUGCAUUCCAUGAUAAUAAUUGCCACUAAGGCUACAAUAUUCGGAGAUAAUAAACACCCGGCAAGCGAGAUCAGCCGGAAAUUCUCCUCGAAUGACGACUUGUCAAGAACUGGUUCGAGCAAUGCACAGCAUCUUCCAUUUCGUGAAUUUAUGCCAUCUUCCUGGCAGGCAUUUGUGACACACAGGAUCCUCUUACGACAACCAGCUGGUCAGUCUUUACCAAUGCAACAAAGCGCAAGUCCCUCUACGUACACGCUUGAAUGGCUACAACCCCAACUGAGCUCCUUCGACAAAUUCGCAGUGGAAGAGGGCGGUAUUGUAAACGUGUAACGAAAUGGUUUAUGGUAAGGUAAAUAUGUCCAUAUGAUUUUAUAGAAGAUGGUGACUUUGGGUAAAAAUCUUUUCUUGUUGAAAAUUACUUUGGAAUUAAUUACGUGUAGUGUUGAGAAGGCUCGUGAAUCGAGAUCUAUCUUGGUGAAGAAGCAGCAGCCAUUAUUUUAUAUAAACAAUCCGAUCAGUUUCAUCUC